CCAAUGAGCAGCAGCUGCGUAGGCUAGAGGGGAAAGGUCAGGGCAGGUACAGAGAGAGAGAUGGUUGCGGUACGGAAAGUUGCCGGGCAGAUAAAGCCGUCUCCGUGAGGCAAAAGGAGACGAGAUGGUGCGUUCUUCGCGCUGCGGCUGAUCCGCCUUGAAACUGCCUCAACCGACGGGUCACCGCUCCGCUCCUCUCGCGUCUUCCCCUCCACCGUCCGGGCCAAUGAGCGUCGCCUACGAGCUGCUGUGGCGUUUGCUGCACGUCCUCUUCAGCGUCCAGCGCGCGCUGGUCGCCUGGGGCCGCGGUUGGUUCGGAGGUCGCGGCUCGUGGCUCAGCCGCUGGCGGCAGCGCGCGACUACGGCGGCCAAUGCCGCCUCGCGGGCCCUCUUAACCCCCGCGGCGGCCGUCAACCCUUUCGCCUUUCACAAGCCGGCGGCGGCCGGGCGGAAAGUGGUGGCCGCCGGCAGCCGUUGGCGGAGGGAUGCCAAAUCUCUGCAGAAGUUGCCGGGCCACGUGGGGCUGGUGGUGACCGAGGAGGAGCAGAGUUACGCCGAUAUGGCCAGCUUGGUGGUGUGGUGCAUGGCGGUGGGCAUCUCCUACGUCAGCGUCUACGACCACGAAGGUAUUUUCAAAAGAAAUAAUUCAAGGCUGAUGGAUGAAAUUUUAAAACAGCAGCAGGAAUUGUUGAAUCUUGACUGUUCCAAAUAUACAGUGAAAUUUGCAAAUCAGGAGAAAACAGAUCAAGUUUUAAAUUGCCAAUCUGUUCUGAACGUGUUGUCCUCAGAGGAUGGAAAAACAGAUAUUGUAAAAGCAGCUCAGAAAUUCUGCAACUUAGUAGCACAAAAGCAAAAGAAAUGCACAGAUCUGGAUAUGAACAUCUUGGAGAAUUUAUUAAGUAGUACUAACGGCUUUCCUGAUCCUGACCUAAUAUUAAAGUUUGGUCCUGUGGACAGUAUCUUGGGAUUUCUUCCCUGGCAAAUUAGAUUGACAGAGAUUGUUUCUUUGCCUUCACAUGUGAAUGUCAGCUAUGAUGAAUUCUUCUCUGCCCUUUGUUACUAUGCAUCCUGUGAUCAGCGUAUUGGAAAAUGAUUUAUUGCAGAAUUCUAUCAGGAUUUCUUUCGAAAGGACCCAAGGAAAUGGCAUUUUAAUGAAGACAGAUUUUGGAACAUAUUCUACAGGAAAUAAGGAAAAUUAUGUCAUGGUGUAUGUAAAUUAAUUGAAGGACUUAAAGAGAACUGACAUCUAAAUAUCGAGCUAUGAGCUUAGCAAAACGAUUCUAGUGCUAAUUAUGAGAAAUAUAAUAGCAAAUUUAAGAUACUUUUCUACUUGAUAGGUUUUUUUGAAUCUUCAAAUGCCAAAGAAUAGUUUGAAGAACCACCUGCAUUUUGUCCACCAUUGUGACAUUUUUUGACAACAGACUACUGUAUGAACCAAGCUCAGUAGAAAAUAUGAAGUUAGAUGUGCCAAAAACACUAUGCAUAUCUACAAUUUAUUCUUUGAAAGUACAUCAUUGCAGUAAACUCUUCCAUCUCAAGUUCCGUGAGAAGGUAUAGUCAACAGCAGUGACAGACUAAAUAUAUUUGGAUACUUGUAAAUAAUAUGUAAAACAACUUUUUAUUAUGAAGAAAUUGACUUAGUGGAUUUCAUUACUGAGGGUAAAAGGACCUGUAAAUAAAUACAUCUUUUUACAGGCA